CGCCGCGUGUACGUAAGGGCGCGCCCGCAGGCGAAGGCUCCAGCUGACGCUGACGUGGCCGGGCCGGCCAGAGCGGCGGCCAUGGAGCGGGACGGGGAGCAGCUGUCCGCGCGGCCGGCCCUGGAGACAGAGGGGUUGCAUUUUCUGCAUAUUACCGUGGGCUCUCUGCUGGCCACCUACGGCUGGUACAUUGUCUUCAGCUGCAUCCUUCUCUACGUGGUCUUCCAGAAGCUCUUCACCCGGCUGAGGGCCUUGCGGCAGAGGCAGCUGGACCGAGCUGCGGCAGCUGUGGAACCUGAUGUUGUUGUUAAGCGACAGGAGGCUUUAGCAGCUGCUCGACUGAAAAUGCAAGAAGAAUUAAAUGCACAAGUUGAAAAGCAUAAGGAAAAACUAAGAAAGCUUGAAGAAGAGAAAAGGAGACAGAAGAUUGAAAUGUGGGACAGCAUGCAAGAAGGAAAAAGUUACAAAGGAAACGCAAGAAGGCCUCAGGAAGAAGAGAGUUCUGGGCCUUCUACUUCAUCAGCCAUCCCCAAACGAAAAUCUGACAGAAAGCCUUUGCGGGGAGGUGGUUACAACCCUCUGUCUGGUGAAGGAGGUGGAGCCUGCUCCUGGAGACCUGGGCGCAGAGGCCCCACAUCUGGUGGAUGAGGCUAAGAAUCUUGUUAGUGUUACUUUGACAUUAGCAAGAUGAAUCCUUAACCCUCGAUUCAGUUGCCUUACACACUUUUCACAGUGACUAGCCAAGGGGAGGUGGGGCUUAUUUCUGUUCUUAUUUCACCUGUGUCUUUAAGGGUUGAAAUCAGCGUAGGGUAUAGACGUUGCCACUAGGCAGUAGUGGCAGUUGGUCACACUUCACUAAAGCCAGUCACUGCUUUCGUGGAUUCCAUGGGUGGUUGCUAAUUGGUAGGUGAAGGCCUCCAGGUGAUUAACGAUCUUGUUCAAGGACCUAGUAAUGAUCCUUCAAGUUAGAGUCCUUGCUCGUCGGACAGUCUCUGUGACAGGUUGUGUUGAAUGAUGUCUUCCUUGUAAAUGGUGAGCCCACCAGCAAGGAUUACUGAUGCAGGCAGUUGAUGGGGUUGUUUCUGUAUAUUUAUUUUUAUGUACAGAACUUUGUAAAAAAGAAACUAAAUAUUACAAAAUUGCAAGGAACAUUUUUUUAGCAUCUUUAUUAAUCCAAGGAAAUUUCUUUAUGAACUUGAACUGUCAAACAUUAAACAACUUUUUAUCAUUCA